UCCUUUGACCCUAGCUGACUUCCUGCCAUCGGGGCAGGGGGCUGGACCCUAUGAUCUUCCGAGGUCCCUUCCAGCCCUAAUGUCUAUGAAUCUAUGAACUUCAAAAAGUUUAAAAAUAAAACUGAACUUUCUGAAUUCUGACCACCUCCGCUUUUCUUUUCCUUCACUUGCCUCAUCUCUCUGCUUAGUUCUUGGCUUUCUAUUUUUGGAGUGAAACUUCUCUGUCCCGAUUUUUUUUUUCUGUCAAUACUUGCUUUUCUUUUCAUGGAUGAGUGGAGCUUUAUUGGCAGAAAAAGGGCAUAGAGCCAGCUUUACCAAAAAGAAGCAAUGGCAGCAAAUGCUGGCAGCAAGACGUGCACACCAGAUAAAGAACACUGCUUGCCCUUGGCAUUGGCUUCACUCAUUCAGUUUUGCCACUAGCCUGACCAACCUGCUUAGGCUUUUUGCAGGAGUCGUACAUGAAUCCUACAAAGUCCCUGUCUGGCCCAGCAUUGGUUGGUAGGUUAUCUGUUGCCAUCUUUCAGCUGAAUGCUUUAAGGCAUUGGUGUCACUACACUGUUACACGGACUGUUUCCUGUCAAGUGCAGAAUGGGUCAGAAACCGUGAUCCAGAGAGUUUAUCAGAGCUGCCGGUGGCCAGGACCUUGUGCCAACUUAGUGAGGACCCUUAUCAGGCCCACAUACAAAAUGUCCUACCGAACUGUGACUGCCCUGGAGUGGAGAUGCUGUCCUGGGUUCACAGGGAGUAACUGCGAAGAGGAAUGUAUGAACUGCACAAGACUUGCUGACAUGACUGAAAAACUAAACACUCUGGAAGCCAAGAUUCUUCUGCUUGAGGCUGCAGAGAGAAACCCAGCUCUGGAGAACGACCUGCCAAUCCCUAGGCCAACAGGCAGAUGGUAUGAUGGUUUGCUACCAGAUGCCAUUCCCCUGCUAAACCCUGGGACUGUGUUAAGGAAGACAGUGGGAUCAGCUGGGGCACCUGGACAGAUUGGGCCUCCAGGUCCAAUUGGACCAGCUGGGCUUCCAGGACCACCAGGACCAAAGGGAGAAAGGGGACUGCCUGGUGAGAAGGGGCCCGCAGGACCACCAGGGCUCCUGGGGCCUCAAGGACCUAGAGGACUUCCUGGAGAAAUAGGUAUUCCAGGGCCACCAGGACCACCGGGGCCACCUGCCACCCCAGGCCUUCCCCUUACCUUCCAGCAAGGGGUUCUCUACUCACUGCAGCCCACAGCUGAAAAAGAAAAUGGAGAACCCCAGCUGGCUUCCACCAUCAUAGACACCAUUAUGGCUGGCUUGCCAGGGCCACGCGGAGCUCCAGGUCCUGUGGGGCCACCAGGACCCCCAGGAGCAUCAGGACCCAAAGGACCACCAGGACCUAUUGGAGUGCCAGGGGCACAAGGGGUGCCAGGCCCUCCUGGACAGCCUGGGCCUAAAGGUUCCAAAGGAGACAGAGGAGAGAGAGGACAAGCAGGUCUGACUGGAGAGAGGGGCAUUAAGGGAUUUCCUGGCGAACCAGGAAAGAAAGGUGAAGAAGGAGACAAAGGAGCUGAUGGAGAAGGAGUUCAACAACUUCGAGAAGCCCUGAAGAUUUUAGCUGAAAGGGUGUUAAUUCUAGAGCACAUGAUAGGAAUUCAUGACUCUCUAUCUUCCGUUGAACCAGGCUCUGGACAGGAUGCGAUGUCAGGCUCCCCUCUACGAGCAAGCAUCAAGAUCAAACGUGGUGGACCCCAGCAGCGGCACCAGCCCUACCAAGUCCUCUCUUCACUGCUGGAUGACAGUGAAGCCAAAAGGAAAAGCAACAGAAUGAAAUAAAUGUGUGUUAGUAAUUUUUACAGCCCAUUUGCCCAUUAAAGAUACAGUAUCCUCAUGCUUAACUGCAACAUGCAGAAUGAAGUGGUUAGGAAGCUGCAGAGCUGGCAGUAGCAUUUCCUUGGCUGGAUAUUGCUAAGCCAUUACUGCAAGGGCAUGUCUUCUGUCUCGCUCAAAGUGUCACAUGAAGAAUAAUUAUAUUUUUGCAUCUGAAAUACCAGAUGCCACAUGUUCCUAGAAGCUAUCCCAGGAAGUGGAUAUCCCCAGGUUUGUUCAAAAAGGCACAAAUCCUCCUCUUUUGCCUUCCUUCUCACAUGUUAUUUGGUUAAAAUGCUGCUUAGACCUCAUUCACUCCUACCCUAGCUCAAAGCAAAGCCCUAUGCACUGUGAUAUAAUAGUUUUUGGCAUGUGGUCAUUUUGAACCAUGGUUGUUUUCUUGCUGAUUUCCAGUUGAGGGUGCCACAUUCAGUAGCUCUGCUAAGGCAUUGUUACCUAUCUUGCAAGGAUUUCUGUUUUUAAAGAGUAGAACAAAAAAUUAAUAAUGAAUCACUUGACAAAUUUUUCACUGUUUCUGUUUGUGAAACAUCAUAACAGAUUGUGGCUUUUCUCAAAUGUACAUAUUUGUUGUUCAAAGUCUUCCACAAAUUAUUCUACUUUAUUCUUAGUCUUUGAUUGAAAUUCAAAAUCUAGGAUUUGAGCUGUGUUGAGUUGUGACUGUUUUAUGAUUGGAAGAGCGUACUCUUACCAGGUUUCUGGUGUGACUAAUUAUGGAAUACUAAAUUUAUUUUCUCUGCAUAUUUAGGCAUGCGGUCAAAAUUCUUUUUGUAAACAUUUGUAGCAGUAAGGCCGUUGAACAGAAGUUUUCAUACCUAGUUUGCGUUUGCAUCACUCAAACAGCGAAAAAAAAUUCAUUUAAUGCUAGAAACAAAUAUUCACAGAAAAUGUUUUGCCCCAUUUAAUACCAUAAAGAGGAAUUCACAGAUUCACAGAAGUUUAGGGCUGGAAGGGACCUUGUCAGAUCUUGGGGUCCAGCCCGCCUGCUCUAGGAAUUGUUUGGAUACAAUUUUAUUUAGCAUUUAUCAUAAGUGCAUUUAUCCAUUGAUUGUCACCUAGCAUCAUAUAAGGCAGUGGUUCUCAACUGAUGUGAACUGAGUAGCACCCAAUUUCAAAAACAAUUUAUAUAUGAUUGUGCUUCCCUCCUUACCCAGGGACUGGGCAGUAGGAUGGUUCAGAUGGGGCAAGCCCAUCUCCUCACAUCGCACUUAUCUCCUCACACCUCACUCACCCUUCAAAGAAUCUGGCUGGACCCCAGUUGAGAAUCACUGGUUAUAUGAAUUAGACUCUUGCCAAUGGUUUAUCUUGUAAUUGUGCAGUGGAAAGCUGUCAUACCACCUUUUGCAAAAGUACUUAGUAGGGAAAUCCAGUUUGAUUGGAAAUGUUUUGUCUUCUCUCAGGUGAUGAAUAUGUUGCAUCUGCUGUCUAAACACAUAGGUCAGGUCAGUGUCAUUCACGUAGAUAACAAUAGGUUUGUUUUUUAAACAGUGUUCAAUCACCAGUCCAGGGCAAUAGCAAAUAUUUUUGCUUUUGCUUAAUGGUUUCUUAAUUGCUUAAUUGCUUUUGCUUAAUGGUUUCUGUUGGCAAAGUCAUUCAUUCCCUAAUACAAUAUAUAUCCAUGUGAUAAGAACCACCUUUAACAUUACAAUCAGUUGCUGCCUUUGUUGACACCCUCAGCAGAGAGGCCAACUACUCAACAGGCAAUGCAGACUUAAGUAUGCUCUUCCCACAAACGAUGGUGCCCCCAAGGUCAGAAUAGAGGCAUGCAGAGCAUUAGAAAUUCGGGCUGUCACUGGACAUAUUUCUCGGAUAAAAUAAGGUGCUCAGUCUUUAGUGCCUUCAGUUUGACAUUACUGGGGCACUACAUUAACUUUGUGUGGAUGUUUAUGUUGUAUUUCUUUGUAACGUGAUCUCGAAACAUCCAGAUCAGGUUUAUGAACACCACUGUAUUGCUAGAAACAAAAGGUGAGAUCUCAACCUGGAGUAAUUAGAAUUAUAGCGGAGGUUCAUUUGGCCUUAUUAAAACAGGUGCAGUUGGAAGUCAGUAGCAUUUAUUUAUAAUAAACUAGUAUUGUCAUGAACUGAGAAAGUGCUCCUUGAAGAGAAAUUGCUGAGUGCUGUACAAUUAAGCGGUGGAGAUGGACAAGAAUUAAGUUGUACUGAAGGCUGUAAUCCAAAGUGCUUCCUUAACCCAAGGAAGCACUGAUUAGUAAUUGUGACUAAUACCUGGGGUUCAUUUAAUAGUCAAGGUGUGUAGUUGGAUCCUCACUCAAGGUUUUUGUUGCACAAGCCAAGUGCAGCAAAUUUCUGAGGAUGGAAAAUAAAAUAUGCUCAGGUGCCAUCUUUUAUUCCCUCUUUCCAUGCAAAACCUUGAGAGCUUAACACUGUUUUAAACCUGAAUGCAUCAUUUUUCCAAAAGGAAAUAUUUCACAGUCUUUAGUACAUCUUUUCAUACUGCAUUCUGGACAAGUUCUCUUCUUGUGAUGUCUGCAGGAGCCCAAAACAGGGAGCAAAAAACCCAGUCUAGAGAGAGUGAAACUCUUUGGCCUUGCCUAUUAAGUCAUUGACACAGGAUAGGUCAUACCCUAGUUAAUUCUUCCAGGACAGUAAAAUCAUUCUCAAAAUAGAUCUCAUUUGCAAGUCCCAAGGUGACUCUAACAAGUGUGCGCGCAAAAUACUCACUGAGAUCAAAAUCUUUUAGAAAAAAAAUGGCAGCCAGCUCUCAUUCGAAAUAUAAAAUACUAAUAAAAACAGCUUAUCUGGCUCCAGAUGGCAGACAAACAAGUCCAGUAAACCAGCUAUAACGUUAUCCUCAAUUCACUGUCUUGGGUGGCAUUAAAUUAUUUAAAGGGAAUGUAUAGCAUGAAGCCUCGUUGAUGGGCAGCUACUUUUAGCACCCCCAUUCCAUAUUUGCAUUAAACAUUUUUCUUGGAACAGUAUCUCUUCCCCCUUACAAACAAAAUGUUCACUCUAUUUUUAGAGGUCGAGCAGUGGUUAAACAUUUACAAGGGUAUCUUGUUGCAUCUUCCUUUAUGCCUGGUACUGAGCAUUGGAAAAUUGGGUCCUGAAAGACCAUUUUGAUCAAAACAUUUAUGAUGAUCCUGCUGGUGUGAGCCGCAAUUCAUCUUAUAAAGAAAGAGUUUUCCCAAUAAAGAACUUCAGAGGCAAAAUAAAAACUACUGCCUGAUCUUUAAAAACGGAAAUAUCAAAAUUCUGUUCCAAUGAUCACGUAGCUUUUGGAUUUAAUUUAGGGAAGGUAGAGAAAUGCGAUGAGGUGGAUUAUUAGCAUUCUCUGGGAUUCUAGAGUCUCUCAAGUUGAAAGGGAUAAUUUUCUUUCUAGAAAUUAGUCUUCAUGAAGUAAAAAUAAAUAGUGUAUUAGGUUGAUGAGUGGUCUCUCUAGUUUAUUUGCAUUUGACUAGGAUUUUGGAUUUUAAUUAAAACAAAUUAGUGGCAAGACAAAAGAAAAUUUAAUUGAAAUUGUUUGCAGUUAAUCCUACCAGAUUGAUUGUCAAAAGGCUGUUUCAGGUUCAAAUUGCAACAUCAUUUUAAUUACCAACUUGUGCAGAUUUCUAUAAAAAAAAGCCAUGUAAUUUUCUGCUCCCAACACUUCUUGUUUUAGUUAGAUACCGAUAGCUAUCAGCGUGGUACUGUAUCUUUAAUCUGGGAAGCAAUCAGCUCAUAUUUUGUGAGCAUUGUUUUUGUACUGGGGUUUAAUUCCUUUUUAACUGGUCAAUAGUUAUACGAUAUUGUUGUGCAGUCUCAGUUUAAAUAAGUGUUAUAAAGGUGAACAUAACCUGAUGUUUUAAUUAAUGAUAUUCAUGAUUAAACAAACCACUCCGAUCCCAUUUUGUUAUCUUAGGCAGGAUACUAAGAUUCAUUUUAGCUUGGGCAUAUGCAUUUUGCCAUCUCUUCAUAACUUAUGGGGAUGGAAUUUAUUUCAGAUGCGUGCUCAUUUAGAAGUGUAUUUUAAUUGAAAUGUUAGUGCUUUAUCUUAUGUGCAUACUGUGCAAUACCAUAGUGUGUUCUUUUCCUUUGUUAAGACUUCUUUGGAACUUACUUAACGUAUUUCUUUGAACUCCAAUGCUUUUAAGCUUGGAUUGAUUCUGGUGAUAGAAAAGCAUUUCCGUUGCCUUGAGCUAACCAGAAGCAGUGGCUGCAUAUUGCCCGUUUGCACCCUGAUUUUCACCAGCCAGCUGUACCUUCUUAGGAAACAGAGAAUGCUUCGGUCCAGAGCAUCCAAAAGGCACUUAUUGUGAAGACUUGACACACAUGCAGGAAAAUUACAAUUAGCUAGAAAGAAGGGCCAUUUCUGCCCCUUUGCAGAUAAAAUGCAAGAGCAAUUUACCAUUGACCUUAAUGGGAGCAGGAGCAGGCCUUGAAGUCAGGCCCAGAUCCUUAGAUGAUAAAAAUCAGCAAAACUCCAGUGAGGUCACUAGAUUUAUGACAAUUUGCACAAGUGAAAGACCUGGAUCAGAGACUCAUUCCCACUCUUUAGAAUUAAUUAGGUUACUGUAGAAACUUACCUGCUACCGUGGCUGCGAAAAGACAAACAAUCAGCUCUGGAAUUAUUUCUCAAUGCACAAAGGUUCUUAUUGACUUAUUGGAAAUUCCUCCUUUCCACAGUUAUAAUCUCACUAUUAUUUAAAGUGACAUUUCAUUCUGCUGUCUUAAUAGUUUGGGUGGGUGGGGUCAAACACCGUAUGGUUUAUGCUAUUGCUACCCAAGCAAAUCAGGAAGGUGCUAUACAUGCACACACAUUCGAAGCCAUAGAAAAAAUAGCUACCUUUUUUUCCCUCUAGUUAUUUUACACGGUAUUUUUUAUUUAUAUCUGUGUGUUUUGUAUGUGUGCAAGUGGUCCUGGCUUUUCUCACUGUAAUAAGCUCUAAAAUCUUUGGUUUUUUUAGAGGGCAGCAUUACACAAUAUCUUGUGAUCAUGUAUAAUUGUUAAGAAAGCAAUAGUAAAUCUCUUCCGACCUGAUGAACUCAUUUAUGGCAGGCAUUAAGGUUUAUCAUCAAACCUCACUAAUGGAGGGGAAAAAAACCAACCUGUUCACCCCACAGCUUGCAUGGUACUUCUCUUUUUUCAUAAUUGCUAUGUUAUUGUUCAUGGUAUCUAGUUCUCUCUUUGCUAUGGGUUUUGUUACUGUAUAUGGAAUGUUUUGUAUUCAGCAUUUUUUUACAGAGCCAAGUGGGAACAAUAUUCAAGAGCCCACAAAUACCAAAGACCUUUCAUGUAAUGCACUGAGAAAUAAAGACAUACUG